AUGGCAAGACCAUCAGAGGAUUUGUUCAACUAUUUAGAUGAAUAUCAUUUAAGUUUUCAAACUUUGUUGGAUAACGGUUUGAAAUCAAGGGAGUUUCGUUACAAGGAAGAUGCAAUAAAAAUGAUUGGUAAGCUAGAUCUAGAAUCCCGCAAAGAAGUACGUGUUCUCUCUAUUGGAUCCGGCAACGGUGAUGUCGAUCUUCACUUCAUUAAUGCGUUGGUGGAUAAAUAUACUAAAAUACACUACACCGUGGUAGAACCAGCUAAGGCUUCAAUAGAUGAAUUUAAGAGGUUAACUAAAUCCAAGAAAGAUAUAUGGAAUGGGGUCAACUUUAUUUUUCGUGUUCAAGAAGUGGAAGACUAUCUUGAAGAAGGUGGUACAUCUGAUAAAUAUGACGUCAUACAUGCCUGUCAUUCAUUGUACCGUUGUCGUGAUGCUGAAAAUACACUGCAUUAUUUAUAUAACAUGCUCUCAAAGGAAGGGAUGCUUCUCAUAAGAGUUAUUAAAGGUACGCAUACAUACUAA